AUGUCUUCGAAGCCCAAGGAUGUCGGCGAGCCAUUCGCCCAGGACGGAUACGCUCACGAUGGGUUUGGCGAUAUGAGCGACCGUGAGAGACAGGUGUACCAGGGUGGCAUUCAGAAAUUCAACCAGCUUGGCUGGAAGCAACUUACGAUUGUUCUGAUCGUUGAAGCUGUCGCUCUGGGAACCCUCUCGAUCCCAUCCACCUUUGCGACUCUGGGUAUGGUAGCCGGUGUGAUCUGCUGUGUUGGCAUCGGUCUUAUUGCCGUCUACACUAGUUAUAUCAUCGGUCAGGUCAAGGUCAAAUUUCCUCAUAUCUCGAACUACCCUGAGGCAGGCAGACAGAUGUUUGGUCGCAUUGGCUAUGAAGUUGUUUAUAUGAUGCUGUGUCUGGAACUUCUUUUGUCAGCUGGCUCGCACUGUUUGACUGGAACUAUCGCCUUCGUCAACAUCACUAAUAGCGACAUCUGUACCUUGGUAUUCGGUGUUGUCUCCAUGAUCAUCCUACUUAUUUUCGCCAUCCCGCCCAGCUUCUCCGAGAUGGCUGUUUUGGGCUACGUCGACUUUGUCUCUAUUAUUAUUGCCGUCGGUAUCACUAUUAUCGGAACCGGUAUCGAGUCCAACAACUCUAUUGGCCUCUCUGCUGUGAACUGGUCUGCCUGGCCAAAGGACGGCCUGACCUUCUCCGAGGCUUUCAUUGCCCUCUCCAACAUCAUCUUCGCCUAUAGUUUCGCUCUCUGCCAAUUCUCCUUCAUGGACGAGAUGCACACUCCUACUGACUUCCCCAAGUCGAUCUGGGCUCUUGGUCUGAUGGAGAUCUUCAUCUACACCGUUACUGGCGCUCUCGUGUAUGCUUUCGUUGGCCAGGACGUCCAGAGUCCCGCACUUCUCUCCGCAGGCUCCCUGCUCAGCCGUAUCGCAUUCGGAAUUGCUCUCCCGGUCAUUUUCAUCAGUGGAUCGAUCAACACCGUCGUCCUGGGCCGUCUUAUCCACGGUCGUAUGUUCAAGGGUUCCAAUAUCCGCUUUAUCAACACGAAAAUGGGCUGGAUUACCUGGCUCGCAGUGGUGACUGUUCUCACUGUUUUGGAGUUUGUAGUUGCAGAGGUUAUUCCUUUCUUCGACGAUUUGUUGUCGGUGAUUUCGUCGCUUUUCGUGUCCGGAUUCACCUUUUACUUCCCCGCAAUUAUGUGGUUUAUGUUCAUUCGCAACGGUAGCUGGACUGCCAAGGAGAACAUUCUGCUGACAGUGGUGAACUCUAUUAUCUUCAUCAUUGGUUUGAUUGUGUUGGUUGGCGGUACUUACUCUAGCGUUGUCGAUAUUAUUAAUUCCUAUGCCAGUGGUACUGUCGGAGGUGUGUUCUCCUGCAAGUCCACCUAA